AUGCGCUCCUCCAGCCCGGCCAACUCCUCCCCCAUCCCGUCCCCAUUGAAAGCCGGUCCAUCAAAGCGCUUCGUGUCCAAGGUAUACUCCCGCCGAUCAAUAGGCAACUCAUCAGCCAAGCAGGUUCGGCGCACACCCACACCAGAGUCAGAUACCGAUUCUGGUGAGGGGGAAAUCAUCGCUACUGCCAUACCAGCAGGAGCGAACGAGGAUGCCGAUAUGGAAGUAGCGGGCGCAGGGCCGUCGUCGGGGCGUACGAGGAUCCCCAGAGGUCAAGAGAGGGCUCGCCAAGCUUCCGACCAGCGUCGGGGAAGGGAGGAGCAGCUGGCUUGGCCGAGCGCCGGGAAGGAAGUCCGUGGGAAGACGGCUGUCCGCGCAUCGGGGAAGGACGCUGGGACAAGGGAGAGUCCUGCCCUCCGAGGCGGCAUCUCGCUCUCGCCAGGUGACGAGACCGCUGCGAUAUUGUCAGGCGAGACUGGUCGUACGAGGGGAGCGAAGCGGAAACUGGGCAUCCCCCGCACGGGCACCGAAACGAGCAUCGCGUCAGCCCCGGAGGUACCCUCCCCUCGGGUAUCUAUACCGCCCAUCAUGGUCCAAGCGGCCACUUCCUCACCGUCUAUCCUCUCUUCCUCCCUACCACGGCCCAGCAGCCAUCAGCCUGUUCCUCCCUCUACUCCCCCUCGAAAGCGGCCGAAGCGGCACGGACCCCUCACUCCCCAAUCCUCCCCUCGAGACCUGUCCGCCCUGUUCGCGCCUGUGUCUCCGGCGCGAUCACCUGUCCGAUCUCCAACCCUCUCACGGCGGAACACAGCGGGAGAUGAUAGCGAUGGCGGGGUCACAAAGAGACCGGCUGGCGGGCUGUUCCGGCGGAUGCUGGACAAGACGCAGAGUCUGGGUGCUAUCGCCUCACCGGCGAAAGAAGGAGGAGAGGAUUACUUCACAUCCACCUCGGCUAGCCCCUCUCCGUCGAAAGCCCUCACCCGGACAAACUCACUUCCCACCACACCGUCCCGGUCUCCUCUUAAGCCGGAGGGGGCCCCCAACGCUAUGGCGCAAUCACUCAUUGUCCCUGUCGCCUCGUCAUCCCGGCUCGAAGCAUCAACGUCUACGUCCGGAGGCAAGGCCAAAAGGACGUACGGGCGCAGUCGGACCAUACUUGCCGAGGUGACGGACUCACCUCGGAGCGGCGCCAGCUCGAACGGCGCCGAGAAGGAUACCAUCAAGGAGAGCUAUGCGGAAUUGAGGAAGCAAUUUGAGGUGGACAAUACUGGAGGGGAUGAGUCUGGUCCGGGCAAUCUCAUGCUGGAUCUGUUAGCGGUUCGAGGAGGCCAGAGCGUUUCUGAUCUUCGCUCAAAAGGCGAGAAUCGGCGGUUUAUGGAUGAGCUAGGAUAUCUCGUUGAUCCAGUAACGGACCCCGGAACUGGCGUUGGUCUCAAGCGAUCAAGCAUACUAGAUAUCCUCCGAAGCAUGCAGGCCGAGGACUGGCUCCAGCGCGCCAAGAUAUGCGGACAGGUCGAGCAGAUCUGGGAGGCGAUAUAUGGUGCUCGGGGCGAGAAGGGGGAUGAGACGAUAGAAGCUAUGUGCUUGCUGUACCUCGCCAAUCUCGUCAAGAGCGGGAGUGGGCUCGAGCUGGUCUUGAGGGCGCACGAGGAGUCGUGCGAGCGGAUCGUAUUGGGUGCGCUGAAAGUUCGGGAUGGGCCGUUGGAUGAGGUGUGCAGGGUGAAGACCAAUGGCUUGGUGGGCAAGGUUCGGAGCAUGUACCAGCAACUCGAGAUGGGCUGGACUUCGGACAUCAUGAGCACCAGACGACUAGCUUCCCUCUUGCUCGUCGAGAUGACCUCUCCCUCAGUCCGCAUGACGAUGUCGUCGACUUCCAUACUCAUUUCGGACAAGGCGCUCUCACGCAUCGCCAAGAGUCUUAUGCUGGACAUGACAGAGCUCGUUGGUCGCUUCGACCUGGCUGAGAAGGGCUUGCCCAUAUCCCCGACUGACCGAAAAGGCGGUAUCGACAUCGACCACAUCUCGCAGUCUCUCACCGUCCUCUCCCGGCUGAUCGGACAUGGUGUCGCGGACCAGAAGGCCCUUGGCGAGAUGCACGCGACCAUGGCGCCGACGAUCAUCAAUGCUCUCAUCGCUGGCAUAUCUCUUGCUUUGGACAACACAAGCGAUGCACCUAGCGCCGGCUCGACUAUCGCCAUCCAGUCAUUGCAAAUCCUCGCUACCAUGUCCAAUACCACUCCUUCCUGGGCAACGGCAAUCUCGGAGAUCGAAGGCGGUCUCCUCUCGCUAGGCCGGGUGUUGCUCCACCGCUCAGCUUUGGCUGCGAUUCCCACCGCCAAAGGCGCGAUUGUCGGGGAGGGGGUCGAUGAUGAGGACGAAGAGGAAGAUGAAGGCGCCCGGUUCUUUUCGCCGAAAAAGCGGCGUGCUUCGACGCCUCGACAAGGUCAAAUCGGGGCGGAAGACCUGCUAUGUCUUGUGCUGGUGAUUCUGACUGCGUCUAUUAUGGGGUCGGAAAAAGCAGUGUCCAGGCUCGCAGCUAUACGCCUGGGAACGGGAUGUCCUACUUCCAAGGCAUGCCUGCGGACAUGCAGAUGCGUCGACGCAGAGGCAAUACCGGUCCAUCUGGUCCGAACCUAUCUCGACCAAAUCAACAGCGAAACGCCCUCAGCAAGUCUCAUCGCAGCCUAUAUCGCCCUCAUCCUCUCCAAGCUCAUCCCGCUCGACAAUACCCUUCUCGCGCCCCUCCCGGGCGAUUCGGACCGAGCUAAGCUGCUCGGUCUCAUCGAUGUCCUGAGCAGUCUGAGCGGACUGCAGACGUUCCUCCAGACUCGGCUGAAAUUGGCGGCGGGAAGUCAAGGCGGAGAGCAGGAUAUGGAGGUCGGCGGCGGCGAGGCAGGGAGAAGGGGCGGGGAUGAGGGGGUUGUAGAUGAGGCGAUAGAUGAUCUGAGGAGGAUGGCGGAGGGGAUGGAGGGGUGA